AUGUGUCAAGUCGGUGAUUACAAGUUUUUAGCCCCUCGCUCUGUUUCUAUACGAAUUCCAGAGUCUCUAUCAGCCUGUGUACAGCAUAUUGGUGAAGACAUUAGCAUAAUAUUUGGUGGGCGAGUUUCCUUUACAUCUGUCCAUGCAAUUCAUGACUUGACACUUCUAUUUUUGUCAUCCCAGUCAACAGUUAGUAAAGUAGCUAUUCAAACCGGUAAGGUUGAGGCACUUCAACAAAUGGAUGAUUCUCAAUUUGGAGAGGGUUUAACUCUUCUUGGUGAAAGGUUGUAUCAAGUAACUUGGUUGGAGAAAACUGGUUUCAUAUAUGAUCGAUAUAAUUUAAGCAAAGUUUGUGCUUUAACCUUUUCCUUUGUACAAUUCAUGGUUUUUGUUUUUGUUGUUUGUGGUGUGUUCUAUGGUUUCUUGUUUUUUGUGUGCUUUUGGUUGAAUUCUUAUAGGGUGUUUAAUUUUUUCAUUUCAUGA